AUGGCCGCCAUCACUCACCCACUUCACACUUCCACCGUCACUUUCAGAAUCCCAACCCGUCCAUCCUACAGGUUUACACCCACCCACAAACUCAUCAUCACAGCUUCUUCGACUUCAAACAAACCCAUCUCCGGCAGAAGGCUAAUCGCUGCGGUCAUAGGCGGUGGCCCAGCAGGAUCCUCAGCGGCAGAGGCGUUAGCUUCCGGCGGGGUAGAGACAUACCUAUUUGAGCGCAGCCCCUCCGGCGCCAAACCAUGCGGCGGUGCGAUUCCACUCUGUAUGCUCGAGGAGUUUUCCAUACCACCGGAGCUCGUCGACCGGAAAGUAACCCACAUGAAAAUCAUUUCCCCAUCCAACCUCACUGUCGACUUCGGUAAAACCCUCAAGUCCCACGAGUAUAUCUCCAUGCUCCGUCGCGAAGUUCUUGAUUCUUAUCUCCGGUCAAGAGCUGAAUCGAAAGGUGUCAUCCUCCUUAAAGCGCUUGUAACGAAGCUUGACGUCCCCACCUCACCUAACCAACCUUACAUCAUCCAUUACACAGUCAACAACCGAAUCAAGUACCUCCCCGUCGACGUCAUUGUCGGCGCCGACGGCGCCAACAGCCGCGUGGCAAAGUCUAUUCACGCCGGAGACUACGCCUGCGCUAUCGCCUACCAAGAGCGGAUCAAACUCCCCGACGACAAAAUGGAAUACUACCAAAACCUCGCUGAGAUGUACGUCGGAGACGACGUCUCACCGGACUUCUACGGAUGGGUCUUCCCAAAAUGCGAUCACGUCGCCGUCGGCACCGGAACCGUCUGCUCAAAGCCAAACAUUAAACGAUACCAGCAAGGGAUCCGAUCAAGAGUCCUCCCAAAGAUCGCCGGUGGGAAAGUAAUCAAAGUGGAAGCCCAUCCAAUACCGGAACACCCUCGUCCAGUUCGAGUCCGUGGCAGGGUGGCUCUGGUAGGAGACGCCGCCGGGUAUGUGACGAAAUGCUCCGGCGAAGGAAUCUACUUCGCAGCAAAGAGUGGAAGAAUGUGUGGCGAAGCAAUCGUGAAAGCUUCGGAGGGAGGGCAUAGGAUGAUCGGAGAGAGUGAUUUGAAAAGGGAGUAUCUGAAACAAUGGGAUUCCAAGUAUAUAACAACUUUCAGAUUCUUGGAUUUGCUGCAACAUGUGUUCUAUGGGAACAAUGCGGCAAGGGAGGCGUUGGUGGAGCUUUGUGGUGAUGAAUAUGUUCAGAGAAUGACAUUUGAGAGCUAUUUGUACAAGAAAUUAGCGAAUGGGAAUAGAUGGGAGGAUUUAAAGAUGGUUUCUGGUACGAUUGGGAGUUUGAUAAGGUGUAAGCUUGUUGGGAAAGAGAUGGAGUCGUUUGAUAAGAAUGUUCUUGCAAAGUUCGUGUGA